GUUGUACAUCGUGCAUGGGAAAAUGCAAGACAAAAGACAUUAACAGGUAUGAUUCUAUUCUCUUGCGGGGAAAUUCUAAAAGAAUUUUUAAGGACAUGUUCCAUGCAAAGGAAACAAUGGUAUGGAUAAUGACCCUUUGGCUAAGCACUCGGAAGUAAGUCGGAGAAGACAAAACAAAACAGCACACAUUCAUUCAGGGAAUCAUGACUGAAUGUAUCCAUCAUUGACAUCUUCUUCGCCCUCGUUCACGCUUCCAUCAUCAUCAUCAUCAUCAUUAUCAACGACGAGGUCGCCAAUCGAUCUUCACGCUUUUGAGAUUAGAUUGCGCCUUCUUGGCCAAUCGUCAAAAUACAGUCUCAAUCACCAUGUCCAAUUUUGGCGACUUUGCUCAAUUUGGAGAUGUAUCUCUUCAUCAUGUCCCCAAUGCACAAGCACCAAGUUUAUUGGCAAACAUGUUGUUAUUAUCAUUCGGACUUGGUUUGAUAACGAUGGAAUUAUUUGGAAAUGUUGCAUAUGAUAUUCGAUUGAUAAAAAAAGAAGGUUGGAAAGAACCAAUGAAAGCAUCAAAUCGAAUUUCUUAUUUUUUAUGUCGUCAUGGUUCUGCUGCUUUUUUAAUUUUAACAAUUUUAUUUUUAAACGUUCCAGGAAUGAAUUGUAAACAAACGGGAAAAGUUAUCAAUAUUCUCUUUUGGCUAGCUCUAAUCUUGGCGGAUUUCAUCUUCUUUCAACGUACACUUGCAGUUUAUGGUUGGAGAAAGAAUGUCGUCAUCCCGUUAACGAUCGGAAUGAUUUCGUAUGCAGGCAUGAGUUUGUAUAGUAUCAUCUUUUUCGGUCAAGGCUAUCAAAUCCCUUUUUCCGACUUUUGUGGUUAUCAAGUCCUUUCGAUUUAUGAUCAACCUCAUGCAACAAUCUUUAUCGUAUUUAUCUGUUUGAUGCUGAUCUUCAAUACGGUAAUCUUGCUGCUUUGCACGCACAAGUUGAUGGAAGGAGGACUAACGAAUACGUUCGCCUUAAUCAGCACAAAAUCACAAGAUCUACUCAAAAGCAAAGAAGAACGAAAAGCGGCAGGUCAUGAUGUGGGAGAGUUCUUUAUCAGUAAUCUGCUGUUAAGACAAGGGAUUGGAUAUUUCCUGAUUUUGGUAUUAUCCUAUAUCCUCUUCUUGACUUUAUACUAUACCCUAGGAAAGGAUAAUACGACUUCUUAUCAAGUCUUAUGUGUAACCGAAAUGGUUGUCGUUGGACCUUUGGUGGCAGGAUUGAUGUUCCGUCAAACAUCCGAAGCACUCAAUCGUUCAAGAUCACGUUAUGGAAGUAGCGAAUGCCAAUGUCAAUUUGAUCACAGGACCAGCAAUACCAGUAACGCAUUCAGCAACAACAGACGCAGUGGAAGAUCGUCAACUGUUGGAGUGAUUCCUACAAGUCCUGUAAGCUAUACACCAAAGCCAAGUAGGGGAAGAUCAACGAGUGCUCAACCAACGAACAGAUUGAGUUUUACACACGACUUCGAUCCCACACGUUCACCAUCAACAUUAAACGUUGGUAGUGCAGAAAAGGAUACGAACCUGGAUGACAAUUCAUCCAAGAGCGGAGGAGAAGAUAAGCCAUUACAAAUUUUUGUAGAAGAAAAGACGGAUAUCGUUCAUCAUCCUACCCGAUCGCCAACAAGUCCUCUAAGUAGAAGUUCGUCUUCACCUAGAAGGGUACGAUUGAGUAACAUGCAUCAUGAACAAGGCUUCCAGACUGAUUACCAUAAUCAAAGGUUUUCUCAUAGACCUAAUCGAUCCUCAAUAUUGCAUGCGAGAGGAUUGCCAACCUCAGCGGCUAUCUUGCCAACAUUAUCCAGUGAUGGCGUUCAAGGUGCACAUGUUGCUAUCGAUGACGAGGAAGAAGAAGAGGGUGAGGAAGAUAUGGGAUAUGUGUAUAACCCUACACGGCAUUAAGAUCUCAAUUUCACUUUUGUACCAUACCCAUUUGCAAUUGAUCUU